GCGCGCUUUACGCGCCAGCUCUGGCCUCAGUCCGGGAGCCACGGAACCCGCGGAGGAUGGAGAGCGGCGACGAGGAAGACGUGGAGAAGCACCGCAUCCACCUACGCCCCGUCACUCUGCGCAGCGCCCCCCCUGUCACGCUGCACCUUCUGCCCUGCGAAGUCGGGGUUAACCGGCCCGCCCCUGUGGGGCGCUUUUUCACCCCGGCCAUCCGUCAGGGUCCCGACGGACUCGAAGUGUCGUUUCGGGGUCGCCGUCUACGGGGCGAGGAGGUGGAGGUGCCGCCCGGCCUGCUGGGAUACGUGAUGGCGAUGGAAGAGAAGUCGCUGGGGAAGCAGGACUUCCCAGGGGGCUCGGACAGUGAGGAGCAGGAGCUGGUGGAACCCCCGGAGGCGCUGGAGCGGGACUUCGACCGCUUCAUGGGCGCCUCCGCCAGUUUCCGCCGCUUCACCCUUUGGGGCCUGGAGACCGUCCCUGGCCCGGAUGCCAAAGUGCGUGCGGCCCUGACCUGGCCCAGCCUCGCCCAAGCGAUCCAUGCACAGGUGCCGCAGGACUGAACCGGAGCUUGAAACUGGAAGCCACCGAUCCCUUCACCCCAAUAAACCAGCUCUCCACUUUGGAUCCACCGAUUCCAUCACCCCAAUAAAUGAGCUCUUCCACGGC